CGAAAGAACCGGGUUCCUUGAGGCCUUAGCGGGACCGCCACGGUGCGCCGCAGGAUGGCCACUACCUCAGUACUCUAUGCUCGCCCGUGCCGCCUCCACCUGGCCGUAGCCGGGACUGAGCCGCGGCCUGACGUGGACGGGACCUGGGAGUUGACGGCGGGAGGGAAAUUGAAAGUACUGGCGGGAGAUGCGGAAGCAGAGCGGCCGGGAACCAAUCCUCGGAGGAGGAGCCUCUGAGAGACUCCCUCCCGCCUCCGGGCCGCGCAGGCAGAGAUUUCACACACUUGAAAGAAGAGAAUGUCAAGACGCAGUAGCCGUUUACAAGCUAAGCAACAGCCCCAGCCCAGCCAGACGGACUCCCCCCAGGAAGCCCAGAUAGUUCAGGCCAAGAGGAGAAAAACAGCUCAGGAUGUCAAAAAAAGAAAAGAGGAGGUCACCAAGAAACACCAGUAUGAGAUUAGGAACUGCUGGCCACCUGUAUUAUCUGGGGGGAUCAGUCCUUGUAUUAUCAUUGAAACACCCCACAAAGAAAUAGGAACAAGUGACUUCUCCCGAUUUACAAAUUACAGAUUUAAAAAUCUUUUUAUUAAUCCUUCACCUUUGCCUGAUUUAAGUUGGGGAUGUUCAAAGGAUGUUUGGCUAAACAUGCUAAAAAAGGAGACCAGGUAUGUUCAUGACAAACAUUUUGAAGUUCUGCAUUCUGACUUGGAACCACAGAUGAGGUCAAUACUUCUAGACUGGCUUUUAGAGGUAUGUGAAGUAUACACACUUCAUAGAGAAACAUUUUACCUUGCGCAAGACUUUUUUGAUAGAUUUAUGUUGACACAAAAGGAUAUAAAUAAAAAUAUGCUUCAACUCAUUGGAAUUACCUCAUUAUUCAUUGCUUCCAAACUUGAGGAAAUAUAUGCUCCUAAACUACAAGAGUUUGCUUAUGUUACUGAUGGUGCCUGCAGUGAAGAGGAUAUCUUAAGAAUGGAACUUAUUAUAUUAAAGGCUUUAAAAUGGGAACUCUGUCCUGUAACAGUCAUCUCCUGGCUAAAUCUCUUCCUCCAAGUUGAUGCUCUUAAGGAUGCUCCUAAAGUUCUUCUACCUCAGUAUUCUCAGGAAAAGUUCAUUCAAAUAGCUCAGCUUUUAGAUCUCUGUAUUCUUGCCAUCGAUUCAUUAGAGUUCCAGUACAGAAUAUUGGCUGCCGCUGCCUUAUGCCACUUUACCUCUAUUGAAGUGGUGAAGAAAGCCUCAGGUUUGGAAUGGGACAACAUAUCUGAAUGUGUAGACUGGAUGGUGCCUUUUGUCAGUGUAGUAAAAAGUACUAGUCCCGUGAAGCUGAAGAUUUUCAAGAAGAUUUCUAUGGAAGAUAGACACAAUAUCCAGACACAUACAAAUUAUCUGGCUAUGCUGGAUGAAGUAAAUUACGUAAACACCUUCAGAAAGGGUGGACAGUUGUCACCAGUGUGCAGUGGAGGCAUUAUGACACCACCGAAGAGCACUGAAAAACCACCAGGAAAACACUAAAGAAGUGAACUGGCAAACAAGUUGGAAUUGAGUAUUGGGUAGAAUUUCAUAGAACUGAACUACUAAAGUUUUCAGGAAAGUAGUGCUAUGACUGUCCUAGCCAAUUCAGAAGUUUCACUGCCAUUCUUUGAUUUUAAGAAAAAACACUUAAAAUUGGCAUUAAGGAAGAAAUUCCUAGGUUAGCUGUUUAAACAGCUGGACUUGUUUACAAAGAUGACUUCAUUCCCAGCGUGACUGGAUAGAAGCCAGCCACAAUUUAUGCCAUAAGAAUCUUUUUGAUCCAGUGUUACUAUGUUUAUCUUGAUAAAUUAAGAAUUUUAUCAUUGGAGUUUUAGACUAGACAAGUGCUACCUUAAAGGGGACACGAGUAAUACAAUACUUUGAAUCUAGUUUCUAGAUUCGCAAAAUUCAUAUUCUUGACUGGUGCAAUUUGGUUUUUGAAAAUAAAAUUUAAACUUGUUUACAAAGGUUUAGUUUUAUAAUAAGGUGACUAAUUUAUCUAUAGCUGCUGUAGCAAGCUAUUAUAAAACUUGAAUUUUUACAAAUGGUGAACUUUAAUCUGUUUUUUUAACUGAUACAUUUGCCUUGCCAUAACAUUUUUUAACCAAUAAGGCUUAGAUGAACAUGGUGUUUAAACUGUGCUCUAAAAAGGGGGAAUACCAAAGAAAUUUUAAACAAGAUAAAUGUUGUAGCUCCUACUUUGGGCUUUGACACAGAGGUUGCUUUAUAAUAACUUUUUGUACAUCACAAUUUAAGUGAAGAAGUACCCUUUCAACCUAUUUAUAUGAGAAAGUCACUUUACUAACUCCAAGAUAUCCCUAAGGACUUUUUCUUAAUUUAGUGUGACUAAGACUAUUUAUGUUUGCAAAAUUAUUAAGGUCCUUUUUAAAUUCCUACAUAAUGAGUUAAGGACAGUGUCAAAGUGAUAAAGCUUAACACUUGACCUAAACUUAUUUUCAUAAGGCAGAAAAGUAGUAAAUGUAUACUGGCCGCUAGAUUAUUUAUUGAAAACCAAC